AUGGACAGAUUCACCAGACAUUGUGAGACCCUGAAAAGGCGUGAAAUCAGCUUGGAUACAGUGCGGAUGAUUCUUUUGCACUAUACUUUGAAGGAUGCUGCAAAAGAUUGGUUGAGGUCACAACCCCCUAACAGCAUUCGAACAUGGGAGGACUUGGCGGAAAAAUUUAUCGCCAAAUUCUUUCCAUCCACACGCAUCAGAAAGGCGAAGCAGGAAAUUUAUGCAUUUAGACAAAGCAAAUCUGAAAAUUUGUAUGAGGCUUGGGAGCGUUUCCAAGAACUUCUGAGAAAGUGUCCAGGUCAUAAUAUUUCUGCUGGUGAACAAGUUGACAAAUUCUAUUCAUCACUGUGUGAGUACGCGAGAGGUAUGUUGGACGCAGCAGCUAAUAGUGCAUUUGAUUCAUUGCCUGCACACAGAGCUCUUGAGAUCAUCGACAAUUUGGCCACUAGAUCUUCACAGUCAGACUAUGAUAGAGAGAACUGGGAAAGUGUGCAUGAAGUUGGGACAAAUGAUGAUGUUCUCGCCUCCAACAGGAAGUUGUCACAAAAGAUGGAUGCCAUAGUACAACGUUUGGACGGUCGGAAACCAAGUGUUGAAGAUGCUGAUUUUGACGAGGAAGUAAAGGCAAUGGGUAAUCCUCAAAACAACCCUUACUCAAAUACCUACAAUUCGGGUUGGAGGAAUCACCCUAACUUCUCAUGGAGAGAUCAAGACAAGUCUGGAAAUUCGAGGCAGUACUCUAAUCAAAGGGGUUAUAGUCAAGAUCAAAAACCUCCGUCCUCUCAAGAGCAAGGAAGUGGAAAGAAGAGCCUGGAAGAGAUUGUCGGAGAACUGGCACAAGCUACUAGCAAGCUUCAAGUGUCGACAGAUAGCUUCAUCAAUGAAUCCAGAAAUAACUUUAAGAAUCAGGAGGCUUCAAUCAAAAAUUUGGAGAAUCAGGUCGGUCAAAUUUCCAAACAAUUAUCUGAGAGACCUCCAGGUAUGUUUCCUAGUAACACUGUGCCUAAUCCUAGGGAGAAUAUUUCUGCUGUUACUCUAAGAAGUGGAAAAGUUAUGCAUGAAAUUGAAAAGAAAAAAAAUAAUGAAAAGAAUAAGAGUGAGACUGGGAAUAAAAGUGAAUCUGAAGUGAUAAGUAAGGAAAAAGAACAGAGUAAAGAUAGGAUAGUGAAAGAGAGAAAAGUAGAUUUAGAAAGUAAUAAGUUUACAAAAGUUCAUUUUCCCCCUUUCCCCACUAACAUAGCAAAGAGGAGGUUGGAGAAGCAAUUCUCCAAGUUCGUUUCUAUGUUUAAAAAGUUGCGUAUAGACCUCCCAUUCUCUGAAGUUUUAGAAAAGAUGCAUCAAUAUGCCAAGUUCAUGAAUGAGAUACUUUCUAAGAAAAGGAAGUUGAGUGAAGAGAAUGACAUCGUUGAGCUUACUGAGGAUUGUAGCGCUAUUCUGCAAAAGAAGCUUCCACCUAAAUGA